GGUGUUUUGAGGAGGACGCAGCAUGGCCGACGCCGAGUCGACGUUCAAGCUCGUGGACAAGCACGUGACGUCGAUCCCGCCCGAGUCGACCUUUGACGCCGACUCGCCCGAGAUCAAGGACGACAUCCUGCGGCUCAUCGUGCAGUACCUCCAGAGCGAAGGCUACACGAGCGCGUCGGCGACGAUUCUGGACGAGACCAACGUCAAGCUCCUUGAGCGCAACCAAGAGCGCGACGCGAUCCGCAAGAUCAGCAAGGGCAUCAAGGACGGCGACUGGGACCUUGUGGCCAAGAUGAUCCAUAAGAAUGCGAGCUUCCGCAAGAUCAAGAUCCACUCGCAGCAGGGUCUCGGCUUCCUCUACGCCGUCUGCAAGCAAGAGUACCUCGAGCUCAUCGACCGCCAAGAGUACCAGAAGGCGUUCACGUACCUUACGACGCACCUCAAACCUAUGGAGAAGAUCAGUGGCAAAGUCGAAUUCAAGGACCUCUGCUACCUGCUGACGUGCAAGUCGAUCAACGAAGUCGACUCGUUCCGUGACUGGGAAGGCGUCGUCAAGUCGCGCGAGAAGCUCGCAGAGCAGCUAAAAGCCACGUUCGAGAUGGACGCCGUGCCGUCCGACCAGUAUGCCAACAUUCCCGAGCACCGCCUCGUGCACCUCUUGCGCCAGAGCGUCGCGUACCAAAUGGAGUUUAGCCGGUACCAUCCGAAGACGAUCCCAAAGGUCUCGACGCUGCUGCGCGACUUUGAGUGCCAAGUGCUUCCGAACGCGGUCAAGACGACGUUCGAAGGCCACACGCAGAACGUCAAGUGCGUCACAUUCGUUGGGCGGGAAGGUGCUUUUAUCGCAUCGGGUGCGAGUGACAACGUCAUCAAGCUCUGGUCGACCGAGCCAUCGACGACCGACGACCCGACAAUCAACAAGGUGUCGUGGGACCUCCACGGACACUCGUCGCGCAUCUGGUACCUCUGCGGCAACAACGCGGGCGACACGCUCUACUCUGCCUCGGGCGACGGUACGGUCAAGAUCUGGAGUCUCAAGAACGCGACAGCCAACCUCGCGAGUGAGACGGAGCCGUCCGCGCUGCUGGCGUCGCACUCGGACUGCGUCUCGACGCUCACGGGCCACGUCGGCGACGUGUACACGGUCAACAUCCAUCCGAACGAGACGCACUUGGUGACGGGCGGCUACGACCAGUCGGUGCGCCUCUUUGACAUUCAGACCGGCGCCAUGGUUAAGAGUUUUUCGGGCCACUCGGCCUCGGUGUGCGACGCGCAGUUCAACCGCCACGCGAAUUUGAUUGUCAGCGGGUCCAAGGACGGCACGGUGCGCUUUUGGGACAUCUUGAGCGGCCUCUGCGUGCACACGCUUCGGCAAACGCUCGGCGAAGUGACGUCCGUGUCGCUGUCGUCCAACGGCCUCUUCCUCCUCACGGGUUCGCGCAACAACAGCAACCGCCUCUGGGACAUGCGCAUGCUCACGAUGCCGCGAACAACGCUCACGAAGGAUACGCCAACGCACCGACCGUCCACGUCCUUGGCGCCGACGACCGCGAGCAACGAGCAGCGUCCGCUGCAGCGCUUCAAGGGCCACCAAAACACGGCCAAGAACGUUGUGCGGGCUGCGUUUGGGCCGCGAGAAGACUUCGUCUUGGGCGGCUCGGAAGAUGGCGCCGUGUACGUCUGGGACGUUGCGACGGGAAAGCUGCUGGAGCGCCUUCUGGGGCAUACGGGCGUCACGUACAGUGCACGGUGGCACGAGCGGCAGGCGCUAAUGGCGUCCUGCUCGCACGACGGCACGGUCAAGACGUGGUGGUGGCAGGACCCUGCGCUCAAGCCCUAGCAGCGUUCCAACGACGUGUCAAAAAGUGCUACCAACUAAGCAAGAAGAAGAGUCUCUAUCCAAGCGUGA